GUUGAGAAAGUGACAACCAAAAAAAGAUCAAGACAGAAAAGGACAGAAAGAUCGAGCAGAAAUGGAAGAGACAAAAUCAAGAUUCAGGAGGAUCUGUGUCUUCUGCGGAAGCAGUUCCGGCAAAAAAGCCACUUAUCACGACGCUGCUCUCCAACUCGCCCACCAAUUGGUGGAGAGAAAGAUCGAUUUGGUGUAUGGAGGAGGAAGCGUGGGGCUAAUGGGUCUCAUAUCUCAGGCUGUUCAUGAUGGUGGUCGUCAUGUCCUUGGGUAUCUAUUCCGUCUCUCUCUACAAAUUUCGAUUAUUUACACCUAUUAAAAACAAAUA